AUGCCAGCUAAGCCAGACGUUUUUUCUCCGGUCUCUGUUGAGGAAAGUGUCGCUCAGACGAAGGGAGUCAUGCGUGAUAUGGCUCGCGAAACAAAAGGGAGUUGGAUAGGACCAUGCCCCGUGGAUCAUUUCUUUGAAAGCAUGCGCAUAUCAGAGAACGAUGAGCUCACGACACAACCCGGCAUACCCGCAACCUACCUUCAGGGCAUGCACGUAUCGUGCGCGAAUGAUCUUUGCGAAACUUUAAACACUCUCAUCAACGGAGCGGCUGACUACGCAUCACCGCUUCCGGACUACUUCAUGGUUGAUGCAUUCAACCACAUAGACUGCGUUGAAGACAGGGCACAGAUAUGGCCCUCCUCGGGAUGCAUCGAGAAGGGGCUUGUGUCCAAGGGUACUCCGAAAGUAGUCGAUCUGGUCGUGAUUGCCUGCCAGGGAAAGAGCACUGACAUUGUUGACGACACGAUGGAAUGCACCAAACCGCUACCUCACGACGAUUGUCAAGCACCGUACGAAAUCAAUGAUACAGCUUCCACUCUAAUUCGCGGCCGGCUCGCCAACUAUGCGACUCAGCUCAGCCGGAGUCAGCACCGAACGCACAUUUACAUGGUCUACAUCUUCCACCCCUUCGUAAGGUUCGUUCGCUGGGACAGGUCUGGCGGCAUCGUCACCAAACGCGUAAACUACAUGAAAAAUUCCACCCCAUUAAUGCGCUUCUUGUAUCUAUUCGGCCGAUCCGACAAAGCGGGGAGGGGUUUUGACUGCACAGUUCAACACGCUACCCCAGCCGAAGCCGUCAUUGCAAGGGAGUACCUCAAACGUUGGGCGCCCAGAAUGACCCACCCGGUCUUCAAGAUGAACGUAGCCUCCAUCGAUGGUGGCGAUUUUCGCCAAUUUCUCGUUUGGAACACGCUUGCCGAGCCAGAGUCUUCAUUGGGCCGUGCAACUCGCGGAUACCCAGCGGUCGAGCUCAUCAACGGCGUUGUGUCCCAGAAGCCGAUGUUUCUCAAGGACCAGUGGCGGGAUGCCAAAGGGAGGUCUGAGGUAGAGACGCUGCUAAAACUGAACAAGAAGACCGUCGAGCACGUACCCACAUUGGUAUGCGGGGGUGAUCUCCCUGGACAGGAAACACGGACACACGAAAUCGGCGACGGCGAUUGGAGAGUCGGCCAUAACCUCAUCGACAGGAGAGUGCAUACUAGGUUUGUUGUUGCUGAAGUCGGCCAGCCUCUCGAACACUUUCCUUCUUCAAAGGCGAUGCUUAGUGCGGUGUAUGAUGCAUUCAAAGGACACAGGCAAGCGUACGAAAGAUGCAACAUCCUACACCAAGAUAUCAGCGGCGGGAACAUACUAAUAGUCGAUGACAACGGGCUGUUGAGCGAUUGGGAUCUCGCGGAGGACGCGUCAGAAGGAACGUGGACAUUCAUGUCAGCGGCUCUCCUUCAAGAGCCUUACAAACAACAUACUAUACGUGACGAUUUAGAGUCAUUCUUCUGGGUCGUCCUUUAUCAUGGACUUCACUUUCUACCCCAUUCGCUCUUCCAGGCCAUCGAAACCGUUACGACCUCAAUAUUCGAUUACUACGAUUUCACCGCCUUAGAUGGAAUAGCUCGAGGAGGUGUGGUGAAAAUAGGACUCAUCAGCCACAAUUCCUACAUUGGACGGCGAUCGCGGCCUGAACUCACCUUCACCAGUUGCCCUCCUCUCACCGAUUUCAUAUUCCAGGCCGCCGCUACCCUUAAGCAAUGGAGCCGCCGAUAUGACCCUACUAUAGAAGAUCUUGGCGAUGAUAGAGAAUAUAUCCCUGUCACCCAUGCGGAUAUGGAGGAGAUAUGGACUCAAGCACUCCAAUCUCCAUUGUGGCCAGUGAAUGAUCGCGCCAUCGACCAACUCAGACAUGCCAAGACACUCAAUCUUAUCCUACAUGGAGAGCGACUGGAGGCUAACUUGAAGCGCUCUGAGCCUCACGAACCUGCGGACUACACGGACGAAGAUGGCUACCCAAGGAGGAAGAGGAGGAAAACUUUCGACACCUCAAAUCAUCCAGACCCGAAUGCUGAGGCGGGAGCCAAGAUUCGAACUGACCUUGGCCACUACUGGAAAGGCCUUGUACCCAAGAUCCAUCCUACAAGGCUGGAUCUGAUGCUAAUUGCCUAUGAAGUCAAGAAAUCACACAGGGAGGAUAUCGUCAAUGACACGAUGGAGCGCCAGCACCGAACGCACUUCUACAUGGUCUUUGUCUUCCAUCCCUUCGUACGCUUCAUUCGCUGGGACAGGGCCGGUGCAACCAUUACUAGGCGCGUGAAUUAUGUUGAAGAUUGCACCCCUCUGGUGCGCUUCCUCUUUCUGUUUGGUCGCUUGGAUAGGGCCGGUCAAGGAUUUGACACCACCGUCCAACCUGCUUCACAAGCUGAGGUCCUAGAAGCCAAGAAGCACCUGAAACGGUGGGCUCCAAAGUUGGAGCGAACAGUUUUCAAGAUGGGAGUUCCGGCCACGAAUGGCAAAUGGAAGAGAUAUGGGCCACUGCCCUUGAAUCGCAUUCGUGGCCCAGAAGCGAUGGCGCCGUCGACCAGGUGGAACUUGCCAGACAGCUCUCCUUCAAGGUUCCCAACGAAGCAGUCAAACGAACCAAUACGAAACGCCAGGAUCCUCCUGAACCGAAAGGAGAGCACGAGGAAGAGGAGUCAUUAA